AAUCAGGUAUUUGAAUGUUCAAAAAAUUUUAACUUUGUUUUCUUCCUUCUCUCACACGCUCUCUUCCCCGUUUUCGACGGUUCUAACGGACCACCUCCGCCACUUCCGUCAUUAUUACAGCCGCUGUUGUCACGAUCUCCCAUUUUAACCACCUCAGCUAACACAUUUCUUAUAUCUUCUUCUUCUCCUUCUUCAGAAAUAAAACUUUUCGAGAGUAUCUUUUUUGUUUUGUUCAAAGAUCUGAACAUUUUUGGUUUAUGAGUUCUUCUUGGGAUCCUUUUUCUUUUAUUUUUCUUCGGGGAUUUUCUAUCUGGAUUUCUUCGAAAUACCUGUUUCUUUCUUCUUUUGUUAGUUUGAGUGAAAAUGGAGAUAUUGGGGCAACGGAGGCCUAAGAUUUCGAGCUUCUCUUCUGACCAGACCUUAAUGGACUUGCUUCCUUCAACUGCACCUUCUUCAUUCAGAGGAAACAUGAAUCUUCAAAAACAGAGACAUUUUCCAAAAUCGGCAUCUGAUUCUGGAUCUUGCAGUAGUGCUACUACAGACGAAGAUCAGUUAACGUUUGAGUUCACUUCUACAUCUUCAAAAACAAUCAAUUGCCACCCCAUUGAAGAAGUUGUUAGCGCCCGAGAUGUCUGAAGAAAACGAAUCUCGGAGACGACCGCCUAGUGUUAUUGCAAGAUUGAUGGGCCUUGAUGGACUGCCGCCUCAGCAGCCUAGCCACAGGCGGCGAAAAGGAACUGAGAGUAGCCACGAGAAAGUUCAAAAGGGUAGUACAUUCAAUGGCAGGAAAUCUUCUAGGAAAAGUUCUAAGGACGAGCAGGAAUUCAAAGAUGUUUUUGAAGUUUUGGAUGCAGUAAAAAUGGAGAGUGCUGCUUACUCUUCACAAGGAACUGCAAACUCAAACCUUUCUGAUGCUGAGGUAGCCUUUAUUCGACAGAAGUUUAUGGAGGCUAAACGUCUUUCAACUGACGAAAGGCUUCAAGAUUCUGAGGAAUUCAAUGAUACCCUCGAGGUGUUAGACUCCAACACAGAUCUUCUGCUGAAAUUCUUUCAACAACCAGAUUCAUUAUUUACGAAGCACUUACAUGAUUUGCAAGGUGUGCUACCCCGGUCCCAUUGUGGUCGAGUAUCAGCCAUGAAUUCAUCACGCACUCUGAAUAAUGAGAACGGUAUCCUAGCACACAAAAAUGGGAGAGAAACUCGGACAAAGUGCCACUUUAAAUCUCCUCAGGGCCAUCAAGAAGAUUGUCUAAGUCACAUUCAUGGGAGAUUUGCUGCUCACAGUGCCCCCAAGUCACCUACAUUUCAAUUAGAAGAGAAAAAUGGGUCAGCUAUUGUACCCACAAGAAUUGUUGUCUUGAAACCAAAUCUUGGGAAGAUACAGAACUCUUCCAGAACUGUUUCAUCACCUCGUUCUCCUCGUCAUUUUCCAUCCAAGUGCACAAGACACUCGGAAAUUUUGGUUGUCCAAAAUAAGGAGGCAGAAAUGCGGGGGAAGAAUAAGGUUCAUCAAGAUACUGAGUUUUCGAGGUAUAAUUCUAGAGACUCUAGGGAAAUGGCCAAGGAAAUUACUAGGAAAAUGAAAAAUAGCUUUCAAAAUAGCUCAAUGACAAUUCCGACCUCCUUGUUGAGAGGAUAUGCAGCGGAUGAGAGCUCAUAUGAUGUAUCUGGAUCUGAAUCUGCAAAUGAUUCAGAUGUAACAACGGUGUCCUACAGAGAUAACAUUGACCGGAAUAAGCAACAUAGGAGGUCAUCAUCCCUUUCUAGUGAAUCAUCAGUCAGUAGAGAGGCCAAGAAGAGAUUGUCUGAGAGGUGGAAAUUAACACACAAGUCUCAAGAGCUGCACAUGGUCAGCAGGGGCAGCACACUGGGUGAAAUGCUUGCCACUUCAGAUAGGGAAGGUGUUCCUGCAAAUUCUACUGGUCUGGUUGAUGUGGAACGAUGCAAUGAGGUUCGUCAUCGUGUUGAGCCUGCAGUUUGGAAUGAACCUUUAGGCAUUAGCAGUAGGGAUGUUUGGAAGGAUGGUAAUCUUUCAAGAUCACGAUCUCUUCCUGCUUCAUCUACCGACUUUGGAAGUCCUAGAAUAAGCACUCGUCACGAAAGUCUUCUCAGAGACAAGCAUGUGAUUCUGAAAGAGGGUUUCAAGUGGGAUAGAAACAAGGCAGUAAAAGGAAAUUUUAACCAGAAGGAAGCUUCAUUACCUAGCAACCAAAGAUCAUGUGUUAAGACGUCCCAAUUUCUGGGUGGCAGUCACUGUGAUAAGGACUAUAGUGACAUUCAACAAGAUUCUGAUAUCGCCCCAUAUCAAGUAAAACAAAAUAAGCAAUCUGAACAGAUACCUAUGGUCUCAGGGGAUUCUGUUGGUACUAUUGUCGAUUCAAGUUCAGUUCUUGAAAAUGAAGUGGAUGUCAAUGAUCUGAAUAAUUCUGUGCUUUCUGAAUGUUCUCGCAUGGAAUUAUCGGCUCCUGCUUCAUCAAAUGCUGCUGUUGCUUCUACUCGUGACCUAGAUAAUUUGGACUUCCUGGAACCAUCUGAGGGACCAUUAGAGCAAACCACACCGCAUUGCCCUGUAUCGGAACUAUCUCUAGCAAGCUCUAAGGAAGCAGAGCAACCUAGUCCAGUCUCGGUUAUAGAAGCUCCAUUUGCAGAUGAUGUGUCAUCUGGUUCCGAAUGCUUUGACAGUAUUAGUGCCGAUCUUCACGAGCUUCGGAUCCAACUUCGACAACUAAAACUAGAAUCCGAGGCAUAUGAAGAGGGAACUAUACUUCUUUCAAGUGAUGAUGAUUGCAAUGAAGUAUCUGUUGGGUUUAUAGAGGACAAUGGGAGACCAAAUGCCGAAGAGAAUUUCGAUUCCAUAUACAUAGUUGAUGUCUUGGUUGAUUCUGGAAUUGGUCAAGCUGAACUGGAUACCUUCUUAGCAGCAUGGCAUUCUCCAGAAUGCCCAAUGAACCCACUCGUAUUCGAAGAACUCGAGAAAAAAUAUUGUCACGUAAACUCUUGGUCAAGGGCUGAAAGGAAAUUGAUGUUUGAUAGGAUUAAUUCAAAAAUUCUGGAAAUCUAUCAACAAUAUAAAGACCAGCCCUGGAUGAUAUCUAGAAGGAAAAUUACUAUUCCGAAAUGUGACACCGAAGACCUUGAAGAUAGCCUGCUCAAGUUACUAGCAAGCCAAAACAAGAAACCUCACAUGGAUGGAGAGAUGGUGUUUGCAGGGGAAUUUCAAUGGUUAGACUUGAGUGCAGAUAUCGAUAAAAUAGGCCGGGGAAUCGAAAGAUUGUUGGUAGAUGAAAUAGUAUCCGAGUCUAUGGCACUUUUGGUUUAGGAAACUUAUAUACGAAACUUAUGAAAUGGUGUCAUUUCAUGUCUGUAUCAAUAAGUUCUAAAUUUUCACCAGCAAAAAUUAUCAAAACCUUGAGUGUCAAUAAAAAAGUACUAUAUUUAUAUAUGUAA